AAAAAACCCUAGCCCUAACUGAACGUAUAUAUUCGUCCCGCGGGCUACUCGAGCUUCGGAUUGCAUUUGCAUCUGAAGAGGUUGAAGCGGCUCAGUCCCCUCUGCUUAUUGCACCUCUUCUCACACAUCUUCGGAAGGCGAAGAAACAAUGGCGUACGCAGCGAUGAAGCCGACGAAGCCCGGGCUGGAGGAGCCCCAGGAGCAGAUUCACAAGAUCAGGAUCACACUUUCCUCCAAGAACGUCAAGAACCUUGAGAAAGUGUGUGCGGAUUUGGUUCGUGGUGCCAAGGACAAGAGGCUGAGGGUGAAGGGACCUGUGAGAAUGCCCACGAAAGUUCUUCAUAUCACUACAAGGAAGUCCCCUUGUGGUGAAGGAACUAACACGUGGGACAGAUUCGAGCUCCGUGUCCACAAGCGAGUGAUUGACCUCUUCAGCUCCCCGGAUGUGGUUAAGCAGAUCACCUCCAUCACCAUUGAACCCGGUGUUGAAGUUGAGGUCACCAUUGCCGAUUCUUAAAAAGGAGUAGCCUAUUUCUGUCCAACAUGAUCAUGGAAUUGAGAUUUCCAUCAGAACUUCUGUAGCGAGAGUUUUGCAAUUACAAUUUUUGAUAGUUAAAAUGUCAAAGUUUGACGUUUGGAGGCAUAUGACAAAUUCACUGUGUUAAGUUUAAGAAGUUUGAAUGCUCUGUCUUCUUAUAUUC